AUGCUGGAGGUAAUCUGCGUGUUUGGAUUUGUGAUCACGUCCUGUGUUCAGGGGUGUUGCUAUCCCCAAGGUGACCAAGACGUGAACCCCAGUUUACGCCUUAGCAAGGAAAAUGCGACCGAACAAACAUUGCCGCCAAAGCGAGGCUUCAACAUCUUUCGAUUUCGACCGGAUUACCUUGAGAGACAAUAUGGGGAUUUCCCCGAAUCUGAACGACUGCAAAUGCUCCAAGAAGCCAAGAAAAUGUUUUAUUUCGGAUAUGAUAAUUACAUGAAGCAUGCCUUUCCAAAGGAUGAACUGAAUCCCAUUCACUGCAAUGGCAGAGGACCAGAUCAUCAGAACCCGGACAAUUGGAACAUCAAUGAUAUAUUGGGUGACUAUUCCCUGACACUUGUGGAAUCUUUGGAUAUGCUGGCCAUCUUGGGGAACUUCUCAGAAUUUCAGAGAGCUGUGGAGCUUAUUAAGAAUUUCGUGGAUUUUGAUAAGAAUUCAACAGUGCAGGUUUUUGAAGCAACAAUUCGGGUGAUUGGUUCUCUACUAUCAGCUCAUCUAUUGAUGGAAGAUAAGAAACAACCUUUUGGUUCCCUGAAGCCACACUGGUAUGAUGGGGAGCUCCUGGGACUGGCUCGUGAGCUGGGCACCAGGCUCCUCCCAGCAUUUGAGUUCAGCCCAACUGGAUUACCAUAUCCCAGGGUGAAUCUUCAGACUGGAGUACCAAAAGGAUGGUUGAAUGACACAUGUACAGCUGGUGCAGGGUCAUUGGUACUAGAGUUUGGGAUCCUCAGCCGUCUCUCAGGUGAUCCUACCUUUGAAGCUUCAGCUAGACGAGCUAACAGAGCUUUGUGGAACCUUCGCAGCCCAAAAACACAGUUGUUUGGUAAUGUAGUCAAUGUGGAGAGUGGAAAAUGGGUUGGCCAUAUGAGUGGUGUUGGUGCUGGUAUUGAUUCCUUCUACGAGUAUUUGCUUAAGACUUACAUCAUGUUUGGGAAUCAUGAAGACCUGGAGAUGUUUCAACAAGCAUAUGACACCAUCAAGAAGUAUCUUCGGAAGGGGAGAAACAAAUGUAAUGAAGGUUAUGGAGAUCAUCCUCUGUAUGUUAAUGUUCACAUGGACAAUGGUGCAGUCGCUACUGCUUGGAUUGAUGCUCUCCAAGCUGCAUUUCCUGCUGUUCAGGUCCUGGCUGGAGAUGUUGAAGAGGCUAUCUGUCAGCAAGCCUUGUAUUUUGGUAUUUGGAGGCUGUAUAAUGUUCUUCCUGAGAGAUUUGACUGGCAAAGGAUUGCUCCUAGUGUCCUGUUUUAUCCACUUCGACCAGAAUUAGUGGAAUCCACCUAUUUCCUCUACCAGGCCACGAAGAGUCCAUUUUAUCUCCAUGUGGGACGUGACAUCUUGGAAAACCUGAACACACACACAAGGGCACAGUGUGGAUAUGCAACUGUACACUCUGUUUUGGACAAAUCCCUGGAGGAUCGUAUGGAAAGCUUUUUCUUGUCAGAAACUUGCAAGUAUCUCUACCUGCUGUUUGAUACGGAUCAUUACAUCAACCGGCACCUAGAAGAGUAUCUGUUUUCCACUGAAGGCCAUGUCUUUCGACUCACUGAGUUUCUCAGGGUUCAGGAUCCACUCCUCCAAGAAGCCUCACAUUCCAUGAAUCCUCUGGUGACUCCAAAACUCAAUUCAUCUGUGCCUCUCCAUUGUGAACAAGUUCCUCCAGAACGAAAGUACCUGCUCCCUCUCCAAAGCAAGUACCUGGCUCAAUUGAAUGCAGCACUUGGACUCCCAUACUAGGAAUUUUUAUUGUUGAUGAAAAAGUUACCAGGAGAAAAAUCAGAUCUAUAAGUAUAUCCCACUUUCACCAUGAUUUUGGCUUUGGAGAUGAACCCUUCUUUCUCAUGUCAAUGUGUCAGUUUCUUGUUCUUUUUCAGGUUGAAGGGUUGACCAAAUGUUAUGCUAUGUUUUGCAUUGCAUUCACAGAGAAGAUGGAAACCAGUUCAACAUGGAGCGCAGAAUACUUUGUAUUCCUAAAACUGUUAAGUGUUAAGCAUGUCUACAUGGUGAAAUUGUUCUCCUCUGAAGCCUGAAUUCAUGGUGGAAAUGAAAUAUACUAUCCAG